UGAUGCCCUUUGUUACGUAUCCUGCGAUUGGCUAAGAUCGCAAAGCUACCGUCAAUGCCCAUUCACCUUAAAGACGUAUGUAAAGUGUUAGAUGAGAGGAAAUAGGUUGUUUUCACACACAAUAUAAGUAGAAAUCGCUUACAGGUGUAGCGUAUCACUAUACAUGUGUGUUGAUUGGCGUUCGAUAGACCCCCAUUAGGACUACAGCACUAGUUGCUGUGUCGGUCUCACUGGUGACAGAGCGGAGCACGCGAGGGCCUUGUAGGAGUACUAUCAACAACGAUGUUUAUGUGAAAGUUUUAUACGUGAACCACAUGUGUUUUAGGAGUAGUUCUUGUUUACAAGUGUGCUGUGAACACGUCAGUUCUGCUAUUGUAUCAUGGAAUUAGCGGUGAUUUUAGUAUGCCUGGUACUGAGGCUGGUCUGGGUCAAAGCUCAAACCUUAGAGCCGAACUUCGAUGUCCCGAUAGUGAAUGUAACUGCUAUAGCAGGGAAGACCGCUAUAUUACCAUGUUCUGUCCAGGCUCUCGGAGGUCACAAGGUGGCCUGGCUUGAUCCCCGUGAAAAGAUUCUCACCCUAGAAGAGCGACGGGUAAUCUCCGAUGACAGAAUCAGUUUAGAAAGACCGUAUACGAACGACUGGAAUCUGUUUAUACGAGAUGUCAAGCCGUCAGACAGCGGCAAAUACAUGUGUCAGAUCAACACUCAUCCUGUCAAAAUUAAAAAUAUCGUGCUUUACGUCCAUGAGGCAGCCUCCAUUAUCGACGAAUUGUCGAGUUUCGACACCACGGCGAGGGAAGGGGACACGGUGCAGCUAAUAUGUAACGCUACUGGCAUACCACCACCUACGGUCACGUGGUAUCGGCGCCCUUCAAGCACCAAGGAGGCGAAAGAAGUGGUCGGACUUAAUGGGGAAGUAUUGGUCAUCUACAAUAUUUCUCGCUACUGCGACGAUAUCUAUGAAUGCGUGGCCUUCAACGACAUAUCCCCAGCUGCGAGUCGAGAGAUCCGAGUGGUAGUUGAAUUUGCUCCAGAAAUAUUUUUGCCAACAAAACGCAUGGGACAAUACCAGGGAAAAGAAACAAUACUUGAAUGCCGAGUGACGGCUAACCCUCAAGUGUAUAGUACUUGGAAGAGAAAUGGCGUAGAGAUCACCAAUAAUUAUAAAUAUAGAGUAGAGGUUUACGAGGAAGACAAAAACACUAUCACCAUCAGCUUAAGGAUACGACAGAUUGACAAAGACGACUACGGACCAUAUACAUGUAAAGCUUCAAACUCUCUAGGAACAGAUAUGGAGGAAAUGCUUUUAUAUGAGUACUUGCCCCCCAAGACUGAUCCAGCAACAACCACUACAGAUCGAACCUUUGAACAACAGCAGCCUCGGCAGAACCAACAAAACAAUGGUGGUGUAGACUCUAUUUCUAUCCAUAGGAUCGACACUCAGCCGGACUAUCAUAAUCAGGGUUUAUAUCCGAGUCAACAAGGCAAUGGUGGACACACGUUCUACGCAUCCGGUCUAGUGAUCCUUUUGGCUCUUCUAUCGAUUGUGUUUGACACCUGUAGGUGACCAUUUGCAUCAUGACACAUGCGUGACCUUUAUAACCAACUUCCCAUUUGUACAUAUCAUUUAAACUCAUCACCAUGUAUCCAUCGAUUAUCAGUAUUUCUUCAUGUUUAUCAUCAACUACUACAAACAUUCCUGUACACUGUUUAACCAUUCUCUUACGUCAUUGUUUAUCACAUCGAUAUCAAUAUAAGGUAUGUUCUAACCUUUGCGAAUAUCUACAGCUGCAUUCAUUUCAAAAUGUUUAAGAUGUAUCCCAAUAUUUUUGUUUUACUUUCCUUAUUGUUGAUGUACGUAACAAAUGUAUGCAGAGUUUCAACUGUACCUUGGAGAUUUGGUUUAUUUCUAAAUGUUAGAGUAGGUUCCCUUUGAUCACACUCUUUUUUAGAAAGGUCCUCAUUCUAUGUGUAGAGUAGACUCCCUUUGAUAACCUUCUUCAUCGAAAGGUUGUAAUUCAUAAAUAAAGAAAGCCCCCGUUGAUCAUACUCUUUAUAGAAAAGUUGUAAUUCAUAAAUAAAGAAAGCCCCCGUUGAUCAUACUCUUUAUAGAGAAGUUGAUAUAUACGGAGUAGAUUUCCUUUGAUUAUGCUCUGUUUGAAAAAUGUAUUUUAUAUGUACAAAAAAGAAGACCGUGCCAAUGUUUUAAGUCACGUUAACGUAUUCUGUCGACACUGAAAACAUGAAAACGGUAAUUCAAAAACUGUGUGAAACGUGUGAUUGCUCAAAAUUUAUUUUGAUAUUAUUUCCUUCUGUCCUUUAAGAUUGUAAACAUUUGUAGAUUUUCCAAAAUUCCGCACAGUUUGUUGUUUGAACUAAACAAUACUUAUAAAACUAUCGUAUUCAUUUUUUUAGCAGGAAAACUUCUACAUAUACGACAACUUUGAGGGACUGUCGAAAGCAGUUCGUUUUAGAUAUGUUUGAAAGAAAUCUAUCCUUAACUUGUAUAAACAAUUAAGACUCCAUGACAUUUUUAUGUUAAUAUAUGUUUAUUUUAAAAUAUGCAUACAUUGCUUGAAGACAUUCUCUGUUUCUAAUCAUCAAAUAUUUAGUACGGUCGGCUUUUUGCAGAAAAUAAACAUUAAAUAGAAACUUGUCCGAUGUGUUUUUUUCAGUAUAAAGUAUCAACUUACAUUGUCAUACAGAUCAAGCUAGUCACACAGCUUGGCACAAGUUACAUUGAGUAUUUUAUAUAUGUCGCUUACAAGUCUUAAGCCAGUUGUGAUUACGACUUCAGCGUGAACCGUUCCAUGUAUGUUACCGUACAUCUUGUCCCACCACGAUCAACAUGUGUGAGUGCGAUUGUCAUACGAAUUAAUUAUUUAUAGAAUUGUGUAAUUAAUUAACACUAUGUAAAGAGCAAAUAAGUAAGCGUUAAGGAUGAAAGUUCCAUUGUAAAUAGAAGUGUUUAUAUAAUAAUGAUAGUGUGUGAAUGUGUAAAAAUUAUAAAAAAAAAUAUGCAAAUGACUGUCAUGUGGAAUAUAGAAUGACUUAAGUAUGUAAGCUGUAAUGACUUAAGAGAGAAUGUGGUUCAUAUUUUGCAUACUUUUUAUAUGUUUAUCAACAAAACAACACAUUUGUUCUAGUUACGCAGUUGAACUCACGUUUUAACAAUUGUUCAAUACUAUUCAUAUUAUUCUCCAUCGUGAAACUUGUCAUGGGGAAACAAAUAAUCGGGUUUCCCUUCUACAAUGACAAUAAAAAAAGUAUAUUGUAUUAUAUGCAUGAACAUGUAACAGUUGGUGCAUACAAUGUAUAAAGAAGAAACUUCAAGUAUAAAAAUGUGUUUCUCUAUCAACGCCCUUGCUGUUCAUUCAGUUUACUGUAAAAGUUGACAUUUUAGCGGUGAGGAAAUGUUCGCGUUUUCCGCGUGGAGUUAAUUAGCGGGAAAAUAUCUGUUCGCGAAUAAAUAUUAAUGAAUUAUAUAAAGCCCAGUUUUAUAGGAUAUAUAAGUUUCUUACAUUUUUUAAUGCGAAAAUUUCCACAUAGCAAUUUGUUUCAAGAGUCUUAACGUGAACAUUUCCGCACGCAAAAAUUACCACUUUUACAGUAUAAUGUCAGUGGAGCUGGUAUUUGUACUGUCACAUGUUCUAUUUAAAGGACGCGAUUGGCUGAAUUAAGUAAUAUAAGCCUGUUCAUGUUUUGUUAUGCAUCAUAAUAUUAUCAAUAUAGAAGUUUGAUGUUUGAGUAAGUUUGUGAGCAAAUGGUUAAUGAUAGAUUUAAACUGAUGAGAAAUUUGUUUAAAAUAAUAUUUAAUGAUAGGAUCAAAGAAAUGUUAAGUAGUAUGCAAGACUAUUGACUACCGCUGUUUUGAUGUUAUCUGUAUCUAUUAAAUGUUCAUUGCCUAUGUAUCUUCUUACCCUCUGUCAUAGUUCCUUCACAUUCCUGAUUAAUUCUUUAUUGUGUUAAGGCAAAGGGUACCAUUGCAUCAGUUUUAAUCGCGAAGAAGUGCUCAACUCAGAUUUUGUUUUCAAUUGGAGGAAACAACCAAAUGAGGUUUUCUGGCUUAGAGUAACUUCCCCUGUCAUGUUUUAAUGGGAUGUGCUGUCAACAAAUUGGACAUUAUUAGGACAGAGUCAUAUAUCUUAGAUGACAAAGUUUAUGAAGCGUAGGUUUUGUAAUAUAAUGGUCCUCAGUUCGUCCUCCUGUUUUUUUGUUGUUUACUUUUUUAUUUUAUUUUCAAACAUUAAAAUUUCGUACAACUGUAAUUCUGUAAAAUGCAUGGCAACAAAUGUCAUUUAUAAUACUUCUUUUGAAAAGGGCUUCAGCAAAUAUUUGACGAUGGUAUUAUUAGAGUUUAACUUGAUGGUUCCCUUUGCCUUAAUUACCUUUCCUCAAACAAGCAAUUAUAUAUAUACUGCAUACCGAUAUUGUACAUAAAGUUUACAGCACGCUGUAUUUUUUUUCAAUAUAGGAAAUGUUUGAUCGAAUGAAACAGUAAACAGAUAUUUUUUUUCUUAUAUUAUUAAAUGGUGUAUGUACCUAAAGUAUAACAAUCAUACCACAUUUUCAAUUGUUCAAUAAUAUAUACUUUUUUCGCGGUAAAUAAUUAACUUAACGAUGUCAUUAUAAUGUUAAAAGUGUCAUAAUGUCAGUAAUCUGGUUUUUGAACGAUUUUAAGUUAGUGACAGUUUUUCGAUAUCAAAAUUGUGAUUUCACUAUGUUUAAAAACGAGUAGUUUCACGAUAUUAUACACUGGUCUUUUCACGUUAUCAUUAAAAAGAAAGUCUUAAAAUGUCAUCAAGCAGGAGGUUUCAAGAUGUCAUUAAUCUUGAAAUGUCAUAAUGUUUUUAAAGGGGUAGUUUAACGAUGUCCUAAGACAUUGAUCGGAAAGUGUCAUGAUGCCAUUAUACUGGCAGUUUUACGAUGUCACAAUACACUAAGUGGGUAGUGUUACGAUGUCAGUAUAUUUUUAAAUUUUCUGUAAAAAAAAAACAAUAUCCCGAGAUUUCAUUUAACAAGAUGCUUUAAACGUUUUCAUUUAUCCAACCCAAGUACACUGUUUGAGUCUUGUCUUUCCUUGAUCUCGUUAUAAGGAUGACAAAGCCGUUGCACAUUUGCCUUCUAAUAAGUUGUAAGCGAAAGAAGCGUAAGCGAGUUCAAAAUGUAUUAAAAUGACUAGUAUUUUUCUUGCAACAGUGUUGUUUUAUUUUAGCAUGCAUUAAAAUCGAACAUACUAAGAUUUUUUACAAUAAAGUUAUCAGGUGAUAUUAUUGAAAUCAAUUAAACUUUUUUUUCCUCCAUAUUUAGAAAUUUACGUCAUUGACUGCAAUACUUAUCAUGUAUGCAUGAUAAUAAUGUAAAUAUCAGCAUGUCACUUUGUGUUGAUUAAGCUUGAUACUAUUGUUUCAACUCAAUUAAGUUGUUUGUACAAAUAUAUUAUCAUACUUGAUUCCAAACAAAGCUGAUCAUUUGCCAUACAAAAGUUGAUAAUGAGUGUAGUACCGUAUUAAGAAUAAAAAAAAAAUGUUGCCAGAGGUAUAAAACAACGUUAGCUGUUUCAUCUGUUAGUGCUGUGUUUGUUCCUCUAAUUAAUGUAAUAAAACCCAGAGAUUAAAUUUUGUAUAUGACGUAUAUACUGAUUCAAAAGAAUGGUGUGACACCACAAAGCAGUUGAUUUAUACUACAAUAAAAACGAAUGUAUUCAUGUGUUUCUUACUGCCAUGGUUACAGUCUAAACUCUCAAAAUCUUAUUAUUCCGCAAUUUCUCAAAAAUCCCUGUUGACUGUUGUACAUUAUAUCUAAUCAAUUCCUUUUUACGUGGAAAACAACAUUAACUUGUUAUUUUUUGCAAAAGAACUUUUGGAAAAAAUAUUUUUACAUAUGAAUUUGAGACGAAGGUAUAAAUAAAUUGUUAGAAAAGUUGAGUUCGUUUUUUAUCAAUUGAAAAGAACAUUAUCAAUAGAGGUUAUUUUUUCUUUUCUAAAUUUGAAACAACAGGUGUGUUUUUUUCGAAUUUGAUAUGAUUAUGAAAAAAACGUUGAGGCACACUACCGAAAUAAAAAAUAAAAAGGAAAAUAUAAGUUAGGUCAAUUAAUCUUAUUUCAGUUAUAUUAUAUUAGCAUCGUAUCUGGAUAACCUUAAUUUAUAAUUUGUUAAGAACAUUGUAUCUUUAUUAAUAGCGCAUUGUUGAUGUGAUAGUAUAUAGGUUUAUAUGGCAGAUUUAACGAAUGGAAAUGGAAGUUUUUAUUUCAGUUAUAAAUAAUGUAACAUCUGUUUUGAUUUUCCCAUUCAUAUCGGUAGAAUACGGACUAAAUGUUUAAUGUUAGAUUGUUAUUUAAGAAGACAUUGAUGAGUUGUGAGUGUGAAAAUUAAAAGAAUUUAUAAAUGUGUGAGUUUAUAUCAACUUGUGACAUUUCUUGGUUGCAUUUUUAAUGAAAAUAAUUCAAUUUCACAUUGUAAGUCUAAUAUAAUUGGGAAUUGUCAGAUUUCAGAAAUAUAUCCCGAAGUUAAUGCUGAUAGCGCAUUUUAUUUACAUCACCCCACAUAAUUAAAACUUAGAUAUGUAUGAUGUGAGAGACAUAUGUCGUUAAGCGAGCUAUGCUUGUAAAUAUCGUAUUAUGACAUGCUGCUGAAAUAAAGAAGGUCUGAAUGAUAA